GGCAUAGCAACAGUGUGUUUACACGCCGUUAAAUUGUCAGCAGUCGUCUUUUAUUGACAGAAAGAAAUGUCUCGGCUGAUGGGAUCCCCUGAUAAGUUUCUACCAUCUGAGUGGAAACAUGCAAAUCAGGUGCAUUUCAGGAGCUCGGAGGCAGAACGAUCACUCUCACAGAGACUGACAGCGGAGUGUCAAAGACUCAUAGAGGAGAGUGACAAAUCUACCAAACACAUGCAACAGGAUGCACAAAAGAAAUUGGAUCAGAGAAUCCAGGACAUCAAAUUCUGGAGGCAGGAACUGGACCAGAAGUUUGAGGAGAUGGUGCAGGAGAUAGAGACCCUCAUCAUAUUCAAGAGUCGUGUGGAAAGAGCCUUAGAAAGCUGCUCUGAGCCUUUGCAAGUGACUUUGCAAUGUCUGACUGAGAGACAGAAGCGGGUGGCAAUUGACCUUGUGCAUGAUGAGGUGGAAGAGGAGCUGUUGAAGGAGAAGGAGGUGAUUGAAGGAGUGAUGGUCCUGCUUCAGCGAACACUGGAGCAGAUCAAUGAGCAGAUCAGGCUUAUUCGUUCAGUGAAAUACUAUCUGGAAAAGGACCUGCAGGACAAAUUUCAGGCUGAGCACAUUGAUGAUUUCUGUGCUCUUCUCACUAAUGCAUCAACCAAUUUAAACAGAGGGAAUUCAGAUUUUAGCAGUGCUGGAACUGCAGUGACUCCUGAGGAGUGGGAGAGCCUCUGCAUCUUAAACAUUAGGAAAGCUGAGAAGGAGAAGAACAACUCUCUUUCUCUGAGAGCUCUCGUGGACAGUCUGCUUGAGCAGACGGCUUCAGACAUGCGCAGACAGUACGAGGCCACGGGGAGGGCUUUUGAGCUCCGCAUAGAGGAGACCAAAACUGCCAAAACACAGCUUGAGAACCAGCUCAAUGAGCUGCUAGGAGAGACAGCAAAUCAGGAGAAAAAUCUGGAGUCUCUACGUGCGGCAAUCGCAGAGAAAGAAGCUCCACUCAAAGUGGCUCAGACUCGACUGUCCUCUCGCAGCCAAAGGCCCAACGUUGAGCUCUGCCAUGACCCGGCUCAAAUCCGACUGCUAAAAGAGGUCAAGGAGCUCGCAAACCACAUUGAGAGGCUGACCGAGGCACUUAAACUGUCAGAGAUGGAAUUGAAAGCUCUAGCAAGACGCCAGUUGUGCCUAGAGGAGGAGAUCCAGGUCAAGACCAACUCCCUGUACAUAGACGAGGUGAUCUGCCAUCAGCUACGUCAGCCUGUGGUUAUUCACAACUUCUGAACAGGGCUCAUGUAUGGCGGAAAGGCCUAGUAUAUUUAACUGUGUUUUGGAAAAAAAGUUUCCUUUGAAUAAUUUUAUGUCAUUUUGAUGGUUUCAAUUCAGUUUCUUUAAAAUUUCUACUGGGAUGUUUCCUCUUCCGUUUGGUUUGGUUUGUCUGUUUGUUGCACCAUUGAAAGAGACGGUUUGAUAAAAUGUCUAAAAAAAAAACUAAAUUAAAAACUAUAUUAAAAACCAUGCUCCCAAGUUAAUUGGUUCUAGUCUUAAAACAUGAAUGGAUUAUUUCUAAAAAACAAAAACAAAAAAAUGGGAAAAUUAUUUUAGUGCUACUAACAAUACUGGCUUCUGUAAUAGCUUAGUUUUACUAUUAUUGAUGGGAGGCGUAUUAAAUACACAUAUCUCUAUAGUAAUGAUAAGCAAUUUCUGAAACAUGAGAAAAUCAGUCAGAUCAAGAAAAAAAGCACCAAACGGAUUGCAAGAAAACCUUUUCACAUCAGGUCUUUUGAGCUCUUCAAAUUUUAGGUAAGCAACCAUUUUAACAGGAAAUAAAGUUUUAGUUGUUGAGGGUUUUUUAUAACUAUUAAUGUCAAAUAAGAAUGACUCACUUUAUGUGUGUAUUUUUAUUAUUGACAGUUGUGCUACAGUAUAAAUAGACAUGAUUUCUUUCUCAUUAUAUUAGUUAGAGAUGCUACAAACAUUGCUGUUCAUCUUGACUGCCGUUCAAAUGACAGACUGUUUUGGUGAGUUUUAAUUUCUGUCAAGUGCUUUAUCUUCUAUGACAUUUACAGUUAUUACUUAUUUAGUUUUUCCAGGUUAAGAAAUAUUACUAGAUGUAAUAAGUGAAAACACAAUGAUAAUGUAAAAGGAAUAUUUUCCCUUUGAUUUGAGUCAUUGAUAUUAUGAAACUUGGAAAAUACGGUUGUAAAGAAAUAUUGCCAAGUUCAAGGUUCAGACCAAGAAGAGGCUCCAGUUCAGUGAAUAAAAUUGAAUAAAAUUUAUUUCAGACCCUGAUGAUCCGACUGAUAUCUAUUCCAUCAGAGUGAAAGAAAACGUCACUGGAGAGGCCGGUUUGUGCAUCAGUGUUCUGUUUUCACUGUCCCUCAAAGUAUCUCAGAUCCCAUUAGGAGAACUUGCUUGGAAAGAGUGCAACUUUCUGCUAAAGAAACUUGGAAGGAAACGUGUAUAUCUUUCCUCAGACAGUAAAUAUUACUGUAAAAGGCUGGCUGUGUGUUUGUAUACAGUCAGUGUAUACCUUUUUAUAGAAAUCACACAAAUUUAUACCAUGGGGUGUUUAAAUACUCCAUUCUGAUCAAAUUUAUAAAAUCAUACUGCGCUACUUUAUUUUACUUCCAAAUUUUAGAUCUAUUCACCUGUAGAUAAAAUAACUAAUAGAAAUGAACUAUUAGGUUUGUUAAGUCAAAUUUUGUGCUGUAAACAUCAACAGCAGCUUUAUCUUAUCCAUGUGACCACUGUAUAAGCAAGAUAAUAGGUGUGCAUAAAACCAUUUAAAAGGGUCAUGAUGUUGCUAAAAAGAACAUUGUUUUGUGUAUUUGGUGUAAUGCAAUGUGUUUAUGCAGUUUAAG